AUGAAGGCAUGGGGUCUGAAGGGAGAUAAUCGCGCAGCCCAGCAGCCAGCAGCUAAAGGGUUUGGCAGGCUGCGAGAGCAGAACGUCAAAGCCAAAUGGGGCAAUUACAGAGAAAGGGUUACAAUUGCCCGAGAAAUCUUCAAGGAAAAUAAUUCCUUGUCCUCUGAGGGGACCUUCCAGGGCACCCUCAGGAAAGCAUCCUUAAACCCGCAUGGGCCUAAUGAGGGGCGUGUGUAUGGUGUGCCUGGAACCAUUGUGAUCCCCAGCCACGCCUUCAAGGUGACCGAGUGGGAGAUGGUGCAACCUGCAUCACAGAGACCCCUGACAUCAAAACCCCUGGGGAAGUGGAGCACCAAUGACGUGCAGAUGAGUGCCGUCUCCUUGAAGGAUUACAUUGCGGUGAAGCAGAAUGUGCCAAAGUACCUGUCCCGCAGCACAGGGCACUAUGCGGCCAAAUGCUUCUUAAAAGCCUGGCGCCUUGCUGUGGAGGGCCUCACCAACUCGAUGACGUUGCACGGCCAUAACAACGGCAAGCAGCUCAUGACCAUGCCCGUUGCCAAGUGUACCUUGGAGAUCAUCUAUCUGCUCACUGGUGAGAAAACACAUCAUCCCCCCCCGACUGCACAGGUCCUGGUGCAUGUGAUUAUUCACAGGUUCUGGGAGGACUCAACCCGAACUGGGCGAACCAGAACAGGGAAGCAUCAGGCCACCGAUGUGUCCCCACUACGCCGUGGGAAUCAGGCCAUCUGUCUGCUGUGCACAGGUGCCCGUGGGGCCGCCCUCUGGAACAUCAAGACCAUUGCUGAGUAGCCAGCAGAUGAGCUCAUCAGUCAAGCCCAGGGUCCUUCCAAUUCCUAUGCUAUCAAGAAGCACGAGCUGGAAAGUGUACUCAGGUCCAACCAUUGGUCCCCUGGCUGUGGCCCCGAUAAACCUGACUGCCCACCCCAGUCUGGGUGGAAGCAAAACCUCGUCUCUGUUCUGAGAGAAAUCCCUGAAGACAAGCUGCCGAGAAAUGAUACAGUAAAUGUGGAUAGACAGUCCCGGCUUUUAGAGAACAGUGAGUUGGAAAAGCUCAUGCGUCCCUCGCCGUGGCUCUAA